CGCCGGUUUCACGUCGUUUUUCUCGCACCGGCGGGACGAUCCUUUCGAUUCAAAUCGUUCUCUACAAAUCAGCCGUUUCAAUAGUGUUUCAAUUGCUCGGAAGCUCUCGAUGUUCCACAUGAAGUGUGUCGGAAAAAGUUGAGAAAAUAGCGUCGGUGGUUUUCAUUUGUUUGAUUUACCGUAGCGAUUACGGGCCCACAUUCUUGCACGCUCCCGUCUCGCGUGGACCACGCGGCAAGCCGCGAAUUUCAAUUACGGGAUUCUAGUUCGUUGCCACCAGGAAUGCUUUAAUUCCUUCACCGUUAUCGCGAUCAACUGUUGUUCUGUUGCUCCAUGGGCAGGCUCACGAGCUGUUUUCUAGGAAUGAAAUUCCGUGUGUCGGUCCAGUUGCCGGUGUUCGACAACGCCUGAGAGAACGGGACUCUCGAGACAGAGUAAUUAAACGGGAAUACGACGAACGAGGUUUCGUGACUGGGCAUGCUACUGGCAAACGCGGAGAGGGCUUGUCUGUUACUAACGGCGAUCCACGUUUUACUCGGUGAUAAGGGCACCGACGCGGAGACCUUCACCCUCGGAUAUAUCACCGGCUCGAAAAGACGCCCAGGCGACUUGGAGUAUCAGCGCCCUGGUUACCGGAUAUCCGGCGCUAUAUCACUCGCCGUGGAAGAGGUGAACGCAGGUGAGUUAGGUCGACGCGGACAUAAGCUUGAUUUCCUGGUCGCGGAAACUUAUGGGGAAGAGGAGACCAGCAUCUUGAUGACUGCAGAUCUUUGGACGAAGAACGUCAGCGGUUACAUCGGUCCCCAGGAAACCUGCGUUCACGAGGGUAGAAUGGCUGCCGCGUUUAAUCUCCCCAUGAUAUCUUACUUUUGCACGCAUCGCGAGUCCUCCAACAAAAAGGAGUUUCCCACGUUCGCCAGAACCAGACCGCCGGACACGCAGAUCUCCAAAUCUGUCGUUGCUGUCUUGAUGGCGUUCAAUUGGACCAAAGUGACGUUCAUGUACAUGAACUCUACGCUGUUCGAGUUCAAUAAGAUGUCCACGGUCGCGGAGACGAUUCUGUCGUCCUUCGAGGCUGCAGGCGUGACUGUAAACUUUCUUCGAUGCUGGGAAGAACCGUAUCACGUCACACACAUGACCAAUCCGUUCCACCGGCACGUCAGCGAGACGUAUAGAGAAACUCGAAUUUACGUGAUUCUAGGGAAUUAUUACGAGCACAUGGGGCUGCUGAUGGCUCUGGAGGAAAAGAAGCUGUUGGAAAAAGGAGAAUACUGGGUGGUCGGCGUGGACAUCGAGCAGUACGAUGAGAAACGGCCGGACAAAUACUUUCGUGGUUUAUGGCAGAAAAAGACCAACUCCUCCAUUUUAAGGGCAUAUAGAAGCUAUUUCAGCGUGGUCGCGUCCGCACCGAUCUAUUCGAGAAACUUCACGAGGCAGGUGAACGAGUACAGACAGAAACCACCCUUCAACUUCAGCAACCCUCUUGCGAACGUCGGGGGAAUCGUUCAGAUCGUGCCAGAGACGGCGUAUCUGUACGACGCGGUGCACCUCUACGAAAGAUCAUUGCUGAAGGCUUUGGACGAGAAUCGAGAUCCACGAAAUGGUCGGGAAAUGGUAGCCACUCUUUACGGUGUUCAUUACCAAAGCGCCAUGGGGUACAUGGUUUAUAUGGACGAAAACGGAGAUGCUGAAGGCAAUUACACUCUGAUUGCGUUGGACAAUCGGCCGACAAAAGGACACGGUUUAUACCCUAUAGCGUAUUUCGUGGGGAAAGAGAACGGCACGAACCUGCCAAAACUCCGAUUGACGAGAGAUAUUUCGUGGGUCGGCGAUGGCCCACCUAUCGCGGAACCUUAUUGCGGAUACCACGGCGAGAAAUGUACCUCUCACACGGGAGAGAUCGUGGGUGGCAUAGCCGGAGGAUUUCUGCUGAUCAUCGCUGCGGUGCUACUGGUGCUCUACAGAAACUGGAAGUACGAGCAGGAGCUGGAUUCCCUGCUCUGGAAGGUGAACUACAAAGACAUUCAGAUCAAAGAGCAGAAAGAGGAAUCGGCGGCAGCCACCGAGGCGUCUACCAAAUGCAAUACCAAGACGACGACCCAGCCUAUUGUGCGGACCAGCCAAGUUUCCCUGAGCUCGAAUCCGGACGCUGAUUUCCGAUAUUCCAUGAUUUACACGCAAAUUGGCGUCUAUAAGGGACGGAUAUUCGCCGUGAAGAAGGUCCGCAAGAAAUCGAUCGAGAUUACCCGCGAGAUGAAGAAGGAGUUGAAAGUGAUGCGUGACUUGCGACACGAUAAUUUGAACGCUUUCAUCGGGGCCUGUACCGACCCGCCGAACAUAUGCAUCGUCGUCGAAUAUUGCGCACGCGGCAGUCUCAAGGACAUUUUGGAGAACGAAGACAUGAAGCUGGAUAACAUGUUCAUGGCGUCCUUGGUCGGCGACAUAAUCAGGGGUAUGAUCUAUCUGCACGAGUCCGUCAUCAAGUAUCAUGGCGCGCUAAGCACUUCGAACUGUUUGGUGGAUUCGAGAUGGGUCGUGAAAUUGGCUGACUUUGGACUGCACGAAUUUAAAAAGGAUGCUGAAUGUGAGCCAUGCGACGUGAUGAAGAAAUAUCAUGGUUUACUCUAUCGAGCCCCCGAAUUGCUGAGAUCGAAUAAAGCUCAAGAACCAGUUGCGCGCGACUACCAGAGAGGAGACGUUUAUUCGUUCGGGAUAGUGUUGUACGAGCUCCAAGGACGACACGGUCCGUUUGGAAUCAUAGAACUGUCCGACUCAGAGAUACUGAAGAAGGUGAUAGCUAGUGAACCGGGCGUCGAACCGUUCAGACCACCGUUGAGCCAAUUGGAGAACUGUUUCCAUUUCGUGCGCGAUUGUCUGAUAGAGUGCUGGGCCGAGGAUCCUGAGACUCGUCCGGACUUUAAGGUCAUACGGAACAAGCUGCGGCCGUUGAGGAAGGGCAUGAAGCCAAAUAUAUUUGACAACAUGAUGGCCAUGAUGGAGAAAUAUGCGAAUAAUCUGGAAGCGCUGGUCGACGAACGAACGGACCAAUUGACGGAGGAGAAGAAAAAAACAGACGCCUUGCUUUAUGAAAUGUUACCGCGAUACGUCGCCGAGCAAUUAAAGCGAGGACACAAAGUCGAAGCUGAGAAUUUCGACUGCGUCACUAUAUACUUUAGCGACAUUGUCGGCUUCACCGCCAUGUCCGCCGAAAGUACACCUUUGCAGGUGGUGGACUUUCUGAACGAUCUCUACACCUGCUUCGACUCCACCAUAGAAAAUUAUGACGUGUACAAAGUCGAGACCAUUGGCGAUGCUUACAUGGUGGUAAGCGGUCUACCGAUACGAAACGGUAUUCAGCACGCGGGAGAAAUUGCCAGUAUGUCCUUGUGUCUGCUGGAUGCCAUUAAACAAUUUACCAUUCGACAUAGGCCGCUGGAUAAGCUGCAACUGCGAAUCGGUAUACAUUCCGGGCCCGUGUGUGCCGGUGUCGUGGGUCUAAAAAUGCCCCGUUACUGUCUGUUCGGCGACACGGUGAACACGGCUAGUCGAAUGGAAUCCACGGGAUCGCCGUUAAAAAUCCACUGCAGUAGCGAAACGAAGCACCUACUGGAUCAGCUGGGUGGAUUCAGCGUGGUGGAAAGAGGCCUGGUAUCCAUGAAAGGAAAAGGCGAGCGUCUGACCUACUGGUUGAUCGGCGAAGACCCGAUGUUGAGGGAAGAACGAAACAGGGAGCGAGAAAAUCGGCGCAGCGGUUACGGGAAAAGGAACAAUGCCGGAAAUCCCCUAAUACCUCGAAGUUCUCUGAAGAACAAGUCCUUAGUGAGGUCAACUUUCAUAAGGUGUUCCAGCGAGUCGCCGAAGCGUCUGCGUUUCGCCAGCUCCGAUCAGUUGGAUCAGAAGUGUUCCAGAACGAACAGCCAAUUGGAAGCGAUAGUCGACAACAGUCCGUGCAAACCGAAAAAUUCUUGCGCGAACAGGUUAUCGUGCGUGGAGAACUGGAGGUCGUCCAGUAAUUCUUGUCCGUGCGUCGAACAGCUCGGGGAGCAAGAAAGGCACAUAGACGCGAAGGAUUUGGCUGAAAAUCGACUGCAUUGCGAUAGUAGAAAUGGACCGCUUCCUAACAGCUGGGGAAUCGGAAACGAACACUAUUUUCCAUCAACCGGAGCCAAGAACUUCCGCUUGGGAUCGACUGGACUCACGCAGACAACUUGUAGAUCAGCACCGAGCAGCCCCAGACACAGCAGUCUGGUCUUAAAUUGUCAGAAGAGAGCGGCUCAGUCGAACGAAGAGAUUGACGGAUGGGACGCUACCGUACCAUUGAUUUAUUAUCCGACAGAACGAUUGGAUUAAGGAACUCUCGUCGACGAUUGAAGAAUCAGUGAUUUAGGGAGCCUCGAGUUUAGAGAAGUGUUUGUGACAUCGAUCACGGUAACCUUGGAAUCGAUGGUGGAGACGAAGGUCAAUCAAUUUAUAGGCAUAACGAAGUGUGAAUGUGGUUGUUUUGAGGUUGUUGAGUUAAUUUUGAGUUAAUGGAGUCACUGAACACUGCGAUUCUUCGUUGAUUACGGAAAUUCGGGGACACGAGAUAGGAAAUGAUUGGAAAUAUCGAUCGCUAAACAGCAGCUGAAUGGCAUCAAGUCGACAUCGACGCGUAUUAUUAUUGUACGUGAGUAUCGAUGCUAUUGUUAUUUGUAAACUAGAUUUAAUUAAGCAGACGUAUCGGUGUUGAUUCGAUGCCGUUCGCGUCGAUAAAUGGACGCAUUUAUUCAAUCGUACUCUCGAUGAUCCUUCAAUCGGACGAAGCUAUUUUAUUUCCAAAGCGAUGUUUACAUUAAGCAAUUUUUGUUUAGCCAAUCGAACUCAAUUUGCAUUCUAAUUCAAUUUCCACGUUCUUUUUCCGUCCACAGCUGUUACAAAACCAUGUCAACUCGAUUGAUUCGCUGUAACUUGAUUAAAUUUCAACUUGAUUGAAAUCCCGUUAACCAAAAACUGAGCAAUGUAAACAUCACUUCGACUCGACAAUCAUUUUUUCGUAACCGUGUACGGUCGAUGUUUCAUACAGGACUGGUCAAUUAACGAACAAUUAGCCGGUGAACAGCGUACAAUAUACAACAUGAUUUUCCUCUCGCUAGUACACGUUGUACCAAAGCACACCGCACGUACAAACGAACAUAACGGACAUAUUUAUAUACGGUAAGCUCUCGUUAUAUUGCCGUAUGAAGGCGGGGGUAUAGCGAGAGUUGGGUGUUACACGGACUACGAAGGGAGAAUAUGAAAGGGGAAAUACAAGGUCUAGAAAGGCUCCCUUUUAAUUAACGGAAGUCUACGUUGCACCCAGCGUACCUUAUUUAUAGCAUACGUAACUUGUGCACGGAAAGCAGCACGUAACGGUAUAUUCCACGCAUUAGCUUAGACAAUCAAGAAGGCUCGUGCUUUAUAUUAUGCGUAAGUGUCACUCUAGUCAAUUUGUUUAAGUUCGAACGCAUUCGUUCGAUUUUCUCGGAAGAAUCCUCAUCCUAACUUACCCUAGCAUUUAACCGUGUCAUUAAUCACCGGCGGUUUUUUAGUACUUAAGAGAACUAUUUAUAGAGUAAUAUAUAACGUCGACAAUUUAAUGCGUACUUAUGAAUCGUUAUGAAACUCUCCGACGAUAACGUGUAUUCUUCCGUGCUUAAGAGAUCCGUCGUGCACGGCACAC